AUUAAAUCCAUUCCAACAAUCAAGCCUUCGUAUAUAUACCACUACACCUAGUGUUCCUUCAACAUCAAUUACAAGAAUUUAUAAGCUAGUGCUACUGUUAUUUCUUGCUUUUAUCAAUCAAAAUUAUGGCUAGGAAUUGUUCUUUUUUGGUUCAUUUCUUGGCAUUUUUAGUGAUCGCCAGUUUAAAUGAUCGAUUUGGAAUUUGCCAGCAAGUUGAUGAGAGUGAUUUAGCUAAUGGAGCUUCGUAUAUAUUUGGUGAUUCUUUGGUCGAUGCUGGAAAUAAUAACUAUCUACAAACUUUGUCCAAGGCUAAUAUUAAACCUAAUGGAAUUGAUUUUAAGGCUUCGGGUGGAAAUCCUACGGGCAGGUACACAAAUGGAAGAACCAUCGGAGACAUUGUUGGUGAAUUACUGGGACAGCCAUACUAUGCAACACCAUUUUUGGCACCAAAUUGCACCGGAAAAACUAUAUUGCAUGGAGUUAACUAUGCUUCUGGCGGUGGUGGAAUUAUGAACGCGACUGGAAGAAUUUUCGUGAAUAGGCUCUCAAUGGACAUCCAGGUUGAUUACUUCAACAUCACAAGAAAGGAAAUCGAUAAACUGCUAGGUCCAACCAAGGCAAAAGAAUACAUUUCCAAAAAAUCGAUAUUCUCAGUUACAAUCGGUUCUAAUGAUUUUCUAAACAAUUAUUUACUUCCUGUAAUUUCCGCGGGCACAAGAAUAUCACAAAGCCCUGAUGGUUUCGUGGAUGAUCUUAUCACCCAUCUCAAAGGUCAGCUCACGAGACUUUAUAACUUGGAUGCAAGGAAAUUCAUUGUGGGAAACGUGGGACCAAUUGGAUGCAUCCCAUAUCAAAAGACGAUUAACCAGUUAAGUGCAGACGAGUGUGUGGAAUUACCAAAUCAGCUUGCACUUCAAUACAAUGCUAAACUGAAGAAUUUGAUGACCGAACUCAAUAAAAACCUGCCCGGAGCCACAUUUGUUCAUGCUAAUGUCUACGAUCUUGUCAUGGAACUCAUUCGAAACUACAAAAGCUAUGGGUUUACAACUGCGAGUGCAGCAUGCUGUGGAAAUGGAGGUCAAUUUGCAGGUAUAAUUCCUUGCGGUCCGACAUCCUCUAUGUGUCAAGACCGUGACAAACACAUAUUUUGGGACCCUUAUCACCCAAGUGAAGCCGCAAAUGUCAUAAUUGCAAAGCAAUUGCUUGAUGGAGAUGAAAAAUACGUCUCCCCAAUGAAUCUCCGGCAACUUAGAGACCUGUAGCUUGCUUGGCUUUAUAAUAACUGUACAUUUUCCUCGUUGAUCGAUCGGCCUUGUGUGAUCAAAUUAAAUUCUUUAGUUCAAAGAUUUUCCUUGAUCAUCAUGCUAUUUGUAUUCAUGUUCAUGUUUUGAUUCGACGAAAUGAACAAAAUUUGUUGCUUAUGUAAGAACUUAAAUUCAUUAUUAUAGUCCUCACAAAAUUGAUUGUUUAGUACAAUUCAUUAUUAGCUCUUUCUCGCGUGCGGUAACUUGUUUCCUCGUGGUUUUUUAUCAUUAUUAAGAUGAUGGUAAUUAUUGAGGGAAUGAUACAGGGGAGAGGGGAUGAGGCUGCAGCGUG